AAUCCCAUAACCUCAAGAAUGAUGAGAAUUCAUAUUCUGUCACUUUUUUACUAUUCACGAUUGGUUCUUGCAGCCAAUCCCACCUACAAUGUGCAAUCCUAUGGCGCAAAAUCCGAUUGCUCCAAGGCGUUUCUAAGCGCUUGGGGCGCAGCGUGUGCCACCACGGCUGCGGCCACCAUAUAUGUGCCACCGGGGAGGUACCUCUUGCGAAAUGCGUAUUUCAGUGGCAGUCUGUGCAAAAACACAGCCAUAACCAUACGUAUUGAUGGGACUCUUGUAGCUCCCUCUGAUUACAAUGCAAUUGGAAAUAUUGGGAGCUGGUUGAAGUUUGAAAGGGUCACCGGAGUUUCUAUCUACGGCGGAACCCUAGAUGGCCAAGGGACCAAAUUGUGGGCUUGCAAGAACUCCGGCAACAACUGCCCUAAAGGCGCUACCUCAUUAGCAUUCUACAAUUCGAACAACAUACGGAUCAACGGUCUAGUGUCGUUGAACAGCCAAAUGUUCCACAUUCUCUUUGAUGGAUGCCGAAAUGCAAAUCUGGCAAACGUGAGAGUAUCAGCCCCAGGGAACAGCCCCAACACCGACGGGAUUCACAUACAUCAGUCAUCUGGUGUUACCAUCAUCAAUUCACACAUCGCCACAGGCGACGACUGCGUCUCCAUCGGCCCUGGCGCCUCCAACUUAUGGAUUGAGAACCUCGGCUGCGGCCCCGGCCACGGGAUUAGCAUUGGAAGUCUAGGUUGGGAUAUGAACGAAGCCGGGGUGAAAAAUGUGACUUUAAAAACAGCUACAUUUACCGGAACCGAAAAUGGUGUGAGGGUGAAGACAUGGGCAAGGCCUAGCAACGGAUUCGUCACAAAUGUUGUGUUCCAACAUCUAGUCAUGGUUAAUGAUGGUUUGGCGAAUUUUUGAUGGUGAUGAAUGCAGGAAAAUACAGAUUACGACACAGAGAUUUACGUGGUUCGAUUUACUGAGGUAAAUCUACGUCCACGGGAAGGAA